AUGUCUGCGCCCCAUGAAUUCAAGAUUGGUGAUGUGGUCCUUGCAAAGAUCAAGGGCUUCCCUUCAUGGCCUGGCAUCAUUAUGGACGACGAGAAUGUCCCUCGUGCCGUGCUGGAGGAGCGACCGAGCGGCAAGAGCUCUUUGCAUACGAUCCGGUUCUUUCCUGCAGCCGAUUAUCAUUGGGCAUCAGCGCGCGACUUGAAACUGCUUACCAAUGAGGAUAUUGAUACUUUCCUCGAGGGCUCGACACGGAAAUCAGGCGACCUGCUCAAAGCAUACAAGCUAGCCAAAGAUCCGCACAAAUGGAAUGCUGAGCAGAACCGCAUUGUGAAGGAGGCAAACGAUUGGCUUGAAGAGCAUGGCGAUGAGGAGGAGGAAGAGGAGGAGGAAGAGGAAGAGGAGGAAGAGGACAAUGAGAGUGCUGAGGAGGACAAUGACGAUGAUGAUAACGACAGUGACAAGCAAGGAAAGAAAUAUGGGGCUAAGCGUUCUACAAAAGCAGGUUCCAAGAAGCGCACGGCGAGUGCAAAGACUUCACGCCGUGCAUCCAGUACCAAACGUGCGCGUGCGAGUGAGCAUGAAUCGGAUGACGCAAAAGAAGCAGAUGAGCUAGUAGAUGGUCUAGAGGAUAGGCACAAAGCUGGAUCAGCUUCUGAUGCUUCAAAGACCGGAAACAAAGAAAAGGCAACGGCUACCACGGAUGCAGGAGCAGAUGCAGACGCCGAUGCAGAUGCAGAUGCAGACAAGGACGCGCAUUCUGGAAAGGAGCAUGAUGCAUCAGAGGAACUUGAUCCUGCAACACGCAAGGUCCGUGAAUGGCGGCACAGACUACAACGUGCCUUUCUCAACAAGGGUGGGGUCAUUGUAGCUAGGGAUAUGGACGCGCAGGACGCGACAUUCAAAACAGUGGAAGCUUACACAGACAUGACGGUGGAUCAACUCAAAAGCACCAAGAUUGGCAAGGUCAUGAAGCGUAUUCAGCAACUAGCCGACAUCCCUCGCGAUGACGAAUUCCACUUCCGUGAGCGCGCCGGCGAGCUUAUGAAGAAGUGGAGCGCUUUGCUAGAUGCACAGACGGAAGAGGAUAAGCAGCAUUAG